AUGUGUCCCUUGACGUCCGUGGGCACUGUUAUCGCUCCAAGGAACAUCUACGCCAAUGUUCAAUCCAGUGCACAUCCCAGCCAACUACACUUGCUCGAUUUCAGCAGAUCGAGCGAUUGGAAGCCGUUGUUUGACAAGGAAAUGGACGAUUUUCAGUCCAUACAGACGCCGUCGAUUCUUUACGCUCAGGUGUCGGAAGAUGCUCUAAUCGAGCUUCGAUCGUCCAUCGAACGUGAGAUCAAACUACGUUUUGACGAAGCUCGACAAUUUGGCAUCCCACAGUGGAAUCUCAUGGCGUCCAGGUUACUGCGUGAAAUUCUCCAAGAAGAUCUGCGCUCAGUUGACGACCGCCUUUUGCGAUUACGAGAAUCCUAUGCGAUAACGAUGUGUGCCGUCACGAUACCGUAUCGUAACAUUCAAGAUUGCGUCACGGCAGUGUUAAGAUGUGGUCUGCACACUACCACUUCUACAUCACCACAAUUUGCCAUGUGA